AUGUCAACUCAACCAAAACUACGUGUUCUCUGUCUUCAUGGAUACAGACAGUGUGAUCAAUCAUUCCGGCAGAAAACCGGAUCCACGCGGAAGCUUGUGAAAUCAUUAGCUGACUUUGAAUUUGUAAACGGGCCACAUUCGGUAGCGGUUGACGAACAUUUGCCUACUAGCCGUGCGUGGUGGUUUUCGAACGCCGGAGCGAUGAGUUUCUCAUCGAGAGAACAAACCUAUGUAGUCGUUGGAUUCGAUGAAUCGGUGGAAGCUGUUGUCAAAUUCAUUGAAGAGAACGGACCAUUUGAUGGGUUGCUGGGUUUCAGUCAAGGAGCAUCUAUGGUUCAUUUACUUAUUGCAAAGGCGCAACUUGGUGAAAUCAAACUUCCUGGAAUUCGAUUUGCAAUCUUCUUCUCUGGAUUUUUAAGCCUUUCCAGUACUCAUGACUAUUUGACAUCAUUACGGAUCAAAGACUUCCCAUCUCUACAUGUUUUCGGUGACGCUGAUGAAAUCGUUGCAAGACCAAAAAGCGAAAAACUAGCCGAUCAGUUCGAAGUGCCGCCACUCCGUAUUGCUCACGAUGGAGGUCACCUCGUACCGGCAAUGUCGAAACAUAAAGAAAAGAUUGCUGGUUUCAUGAAAGAACAACUUGAUAAUAUAAUUACUGCUUGA